AUGGAGCGGCCUGGCUUGGUAUUGCAGGACCUUCCACCCGAAAUCCUGAUAAACAUCUUUUCUCACUUAGACGAAAAGGACUUGUUCACGUUGCAAGAACUUUCUACGCAUUUCCGGAACUUAAUUCACGAUGAAGAACUUUGGAAGAACCUGUUUAAGUCUAGAGUUCACACGACUCAUUUCCCCACAUUUUCUCAGUCUUCGAAAUUUAGUGUAGAGUAUAUUGAAAGGACACGGGGUCUUCAUCAUUGGCAGCAUAACAAGGCUAUAAGAACCAAAUACACAAUAAUUCCGACGAGAAACUGGGAUCAGCCCAGUAUAGAACGCAUAGUGUUUGAUUAUCCACGAGUUGCAGCUUAUAAUGAUGGUACCAUUACAAUUUUACAGUUACAAAAUCACAAAAGGCAGAAGAAAUUUAAGAAAUUGAUUUAUAUUCCAUGUACAACACCACAAGGUUGUUCUACCAUGGACUUCAAUAUUAAUGCUGCAGUGUUUGGUAGGUUUGACGGCAGAGUGUUUGGAAAACUGCUAAGUAACAAAUCGUACUUAACGCCCGUGAUGGAAUUUACGGGAAGGCAUAGUGCAGGCGUUACUGCCAUUUGUAAUUCAGAAUCCUGGGACACGUCAAGAGAGGACUGGUCUGUUAGUGGCUCUGAAAACGGUGAAAUUAUAUGGUGGUGCGAAAAUAAGCUUGUUAAGAUGUGGAAGGUUUCUAAUAGGGUAAUUUGGAAACUGGCUUUUUUUAAAGAUUGGACCUUAAUUAUGGAUGAUGAAAAGCUGUACAUUAUCCAUCAAAUGCAGGAAUUGCACAGUAUUGAUAUUCCUAAGGAUCUGGACGAACAGCCUAUGAGGGUACGGUUUUUCAAGAUGGAUUUCGGUUCCAUGACUUUGGUACUUGCUGACCUGAAUAACGUUUAUACAAUAUCGGUCAAUCCCAAUGGUAACUUCGGCAAUUUGAGAAAGUUGGAGAUGCCUGAACAAAUAUGCGCAGUUGAAAUAGAUGAAAAAACUUCUCAAAGGGAACAAAACUGGCAAUUUGCUGGUGAUGACGGCUGCUAUAUCAGUCUUUUGACGACACAGAACACUUUAUACAUUAUCAAUAUAAGAGAUCUUUCUUCGUCAGGCUUAAAAGUUCAAUGUAAGAUAAGUUUUGAUGAGCAGGUAUACGUAUCGCAGGUGACAAAUUUAAUAGUUGUGGUAGCAUUGCCAAAUGUUCUUCAAAUAUUGAACGCGAUGACAGGCGAGUUAAUAAAGACAGUGUUGAAAACCGAGAAGUUUCCCGAAUUUUUGAAGGUAUCGCAGGAUAAAAUCAUUAUGGGAAGCGGUAACGUUUUGAAUUAUUUAAAGUUUGUUUCAAGUGAUUCAAAGAAACAUCACCAUUCCACUAAAGGUAAAAACACAGUAAGCAAUAAGUGGAAUGAAACUUUGAACACGGAGCUGCAAUAUUAUGAUGAAGAUGAAGACCUUAGAAGAAAAAGACAGUCAGAAAUAUCAAGAUUGAUCGAUGCGUAUGGUGGAGACCUUGAACUUUCAGGCGACACCGAUGAAGAAAACGACAUUCAGUUGAGAAUUGCACUCUUAGAAUCACAGGAGGCGCAAGCACGGAAUCAAGCUGAAGCGGGGGAGCCUGUCGGAGAUGAUGAAGAUGAGCAGUUAAGAAGGGCGCUGGAGGAAUCUCAACUGAUAUAUGAGACGCAAACGAAUAGCUCUGCGAAUCAUGGUAAUAAUACGAAUGAUGAGAUAGAUGAAGAUGAUGAAGAGUUUCUCAGAGCCAUCAGACAAUCAAGAGUGGAGGACGAAAGGAGAAGACAUCUUAGAAAUCAUACUACAGGUCGACGAAAUGGGCCCUUGAGCGACGAUAAUUUUGCUACAUAUGGUGCAGCAGAGUCAUCCGAACGAACCUCAACUGAGAACACUAUCGGUAGUUCUGUUGGCGUUGAUGCUAGUAAUAAUGUUGAUGAAGACUUACAAUUGGCCAUUGCGUUGUCAUUGAGUGAAAUCAAUUGA